AAAGCCAGCACACUUUCUCACUCUCUCUCUCUCAUAGAGAGUGUCAGAAAACCUGUUUCAGUUCAGACUUCCCAUUUUCAAAGACUCCCAUCAUCAUUCAUAUUCUCACUUACCCUAUUUAACGCACCCACCGUCCCCAUAAUCCCACAUUCCCACGUUUCUUCAAACCCUCUCUGCCAUCUUUCUCUCUGUUUCUCUCUCUGUGUGAAAAAAGAGAAAAUGGCAGCAAAGUCCUCCAACCUUUCUCUUAUUCUUUGCUUGUUGGCCAUCUGGGCCGUCGUUUAUGCCCAAGGUGCGUCCUCACCGCACGCGCCAGCACCGUCAGUGGACUGCUCCAGCCUGAUCCUGACCAUGGCCGACUGCCUCUCCUUUGUCACCAACGGCAGCACCAUCACCAAGCCGGAAGGGGGUUGCUGCGUUGGCCUCAAGACUGUGCUCAAGGCUGACGCCGGAUGCCUCUGUGAGGCCUUCAAGAGCAGCGCUUCUCUCGGUGUUGUCUUGAAUGUCACCAAGGCCACCUCCCUCCCCACCGCCUGCAAAGUCUCCGCUCCCGCCGCCGCUAACUGCGCAUUGUCUUUGACUCCUGCUGCUGCUCCUGGUUCAGAUCUCUCACCGAAUGGUUCUCCAAAUUCUGUUGCUGCACCUCCACAGACAGCUGUAGCAGGGGGUGAGGUAGCCCCAUCUCAACCCCCAGGGAUCUCAAGUUCUUCAGUGCUCACCACUUCAGUUGGAUUCCUACUUGUUGCCUCACUGGUUGCUUCAUUUUCUAGUUUCUGAGCCAAUGGCAGAGUCAAUUUUGAGAGCACUGGAAAUGAUACGAUGAGGGAGAGCUGUCUUGUUUAUAUAUCAAUUGAGACUCUGUAUGCACGUACAUUAGUUUGAAAAACCUACUUGAAGGUUUGGAUUGUUUUUAUAUAAUAUUAUUGUCUAUCUAUUUUUA